AUGCACGAUCAGCUCAACGCUGAACAACGUAACAUUUUCCAACAGAUUUACGAAGCAGUGCAGAAUCGAAAUGGCACACUCUUCUUCAUCGAAGGUAGACCUGGGCGAGGGAAGACAUUUUUGGUGAAAGCAUUAUCCUCUGCUCUGUGA